AUGACUGAUAUUGAAUCAACAUCUGCGGAUGUUGUUUCUGAAGCUGUGAAUAGGCUAUGUGAGAUACAGUUGAGUGCUAGCAGGGUUCAAAAUCAAAAACGGGCUUUAGUAUGUCUAGAUGAGCGGAGACAGAAAUUGAGAGAAGCAGAAAGAAUUUUGCAAAAAAGUAAGAUACAGGGUCCGAACACAUGGGUUUGCCUUGGACCGACCACAUUCAUUCAGUUUCCCACGACAAUGGCAGCCGGUUUUCUUGCUAAGGAUCGAAAAGUUGUUGAAGAUACAUUAUCAGAAACACAAGCUGACAUUCACAAAAGCGUAGAUGACUUGUUACAGGCAGAAGGUAAUAAAACCUUGAAGGAGCGUGGCUUCGAUCUCAAUUCCAUUUUAAAAACCAUUGAAGAAUGA